GGCAGUGAAUCAGGGUGUCUGAGAGAGGGAGUUGAGCGCAAGCACUAGUCCAGUGAAGGAUGUCUCCUCUUCUUGGCUGCCUCCUGCUGCUCGGCUGCUUGGCUGUGCCCCUCCAUGGAGUGGAAAAGGUGAGAAAUAGAGGAUACCGAAAGGAUCCUGACGCUGACAAGUACGGCAGCUGCUUGCAGGGGCCAGCUGGAACCCAGGGUAGGGACGGUAACCCUGGGGCCAAUGGCAUCCCCGGGACGCCUGGUAUCCCAGGGCGUGAUGGACUCAAAGGAGAAAAGGGAGAAUGCAUCAGUGAGAUUUUCGAGGAGCCAUGGAGACCCAACUACAAGCAGUGCGCGUGGAGCUCUCUGAACUACGGCAUCGACCUUGGAAAAGUGGCUGACUGCACCUUCACCAAGCGGAGGACGGACAGCUCCCUCAGGGUUCUGUUCAGCGGCUCGCUCAGGCUGAAGUGUAAGAGCGCCUGCUGCCAGAGGUGGUACUUCACCUUCAACGGCGCGGAGUGUACCGGACCCCUCCCCAUCGAGUCCAUCAUCUACCUGGACCAAGGCAGCCCUGAACUCAACUCCACCAUCAACAUCCACAGGACAUCAGCAGUGGAAGGCCUGUGCGAGGGGGUCAAAGGCGGCCUGGUGGACGUGGCAGUUUGGGUCGGGACCUGUGCAGACUAUCCCAGGGGCGACGCUUCGACGGGCUGGAACUCUGUCUCCAGGAUCAUCAUCGAGGAGCUUCCCAAAUGAGAGCAGCUGGCUGUUUACAGUGGGUCGUAGCAUGAGGUUUCAUUGGUGUCGCCUUGAGUGUUUUGUGCUUCAAUCACUAGCACACAGGAAGAGAUUAUCAAUGUACUGUACUUUUGUUGUGUUCACUGGUGAAACUCCAGUGUGACCCUGUCUUUUUAAUAAUAAAAAUAACCCAUUUAAAAUGUUUCAGGAAUCAUUCAUGCAGUCACAUAUUCAAAACAUAUUCAGAGAAUGGUUCACCAUUUCAUAACCCUGUUGCACACCUCCAAACUAAACAUCAAAUAGGCUCAGGCAUGAAACCUGCAUGCUGUUCAGGCUUGAAGGCAUUUCUGAACACCUUCACUUAACUGAGAAGUGCUUUGAACGAAGGUUGCCAAAAAUGUCUGCAUUGUAAAAACAAAAUCAACAACAACAACAAACAAAG